UGUUCUUCCCUGGAACAGACCACCACCACCACUAUGCUACGUCCCGCCCUCCUCCUGCUGCCGCUGUUCGCAGUAUGUCUAGCAAACUUCCGCUGGUCCUUCCCCAUUAACUACCAGGACCUUCUGAUCAAGCCUCUCUCGACCUCCUUCAGCUGCGACAACCGCCCCUUCGGUUACUACGCGGACGUGGAGAACAACUGCCAAAUAUACCACGUUUGCGUGCCUUUCUUUGACGCCACGGGAGACCACAAGCAUACUUACAUGUUCUCCUUCAUCUGCGGCAACCAAACCAUCUUCAGCCAGGACAUUCUCGGGUGCGCCAGUCUUGCAGAGGCGUACCCAUGUGAAGACGCCCCAUCCCUCUUCGAUUUCGUCAACGCUAAGUUCGGAAACGUGCCGGAAAUAGAAGAGGAUAUUUAGUUAGUUCCGCCGGUGUCAUGGUACGGAAGGGGUUAAUCAGAAAGCAAUGCAAUUUAUAACAUGGACCAAAAGAAUAAGUGAAUAAUUAGUGAUCUGUUGUGUAUUUUGUGGUCUGUUCAUGUCUGCCUAUUUCGCUUGUCUGUGGAAUGUGUAACUGUGAUAAAUUUUCCUGCAUUCCUCG